CCUGGAAAUCGAAAAGCUUCUUUUAGAAAAUGUGAGUUCGUAUGUUAAGAAUGUACAUCAGACUAAGUAUUAAAAGCGCGGUGUGAUUUAAAAUCUUUGUAUAUUGUUUGAACGGACUUACAGUUUUAAAAGUCAUAAGUACAUAAGCAAUAUUGUAAUUAAUAUCCUUAAAAUGUCGUAUUUAAUGUGUUCGAAUAUUACGACGCUUUUGGACAACUGCACUCACGUUAACGUGUCACUUACUGAAAACAACACUUCAAUGAUAAAUACACUGAAUGCAGAAAGAUUUCGCCUUCUUAUACAUGCGUUUGUAUACAGUGUCUUUCUUAUGAUAGUGGGUAUUCCUGGAAAUAGUUUGGUUUUGUAUGUUUACUUUGUGAAAUGGAAGAAGAGUACUUCAAGAAUAUUUAUCCUAUUCCUUACCACGCAGGAUUUGAUAAAUUGUUUGACAACCAUACCAAUGGAACUUUACAUCUUGCGCUUUUCAAUAGUUCUAGACGAGCCGUGGUUGUGCAAAAUAUCACGAUUUUCAACGUUCACAAUGAACAGUUCGUCUGCCGCUAUACUUGUAGCCAUAGCCGUUGACAGAUUCAGAAGAAUUUGUCGUCCCCAUGGACCACAGUUCAACACGAAAACAUCGAAGCGUAUAUGCAUUGGAUGUGUUUUGAUAGGCAUUUGCUUGUACGCAUGGCCGUCCGUAAUAUUUUACGGGACUAGAACGAUAACAGUUGGCGGUUACGUUGGAAAGUCGUGUCAGAUAAUGAAUCAAUAUGAUGGCUCGAUUUUUCCGAAAAUUUAUUUUUUGUUUCACAUAUGCAGUACUGCAGUCAUAUUUAUUGUGCUCUCCGUAUUGUACUAUUUAGUAGGCUUGGUGGUGUACAGGCACAAGAAAAUGAGAAUGAAACGUAGUGAAGAAAGAAAUAAAGUUUUAGACAUGUUAAUCAAAGAAGACCGGGCACCGCAUGAGCGCGUUAAACGUUCAGACAUAAAUAAUACAGACGAAAUCUAUACAACACCGACUACAAAUAUCAGGAUUUUAUCAACACAAAUCAACGAUUUGAAACAUAAAAAUUCUAAAGUGGACAGUGCCAUACAAAUGAAACCAGAUUACAAGCAACGAAAGGAAAUUACUCAAUCUGACACACAGACCAAUUUGAAAUCAGUGAUUAGUUCGAAAUUAAAGAUUGGAGGUUCUACACUUAUGCUUUUCUUGAUAACGUUAGCUUAUGUUGUCAGUUUUCUUCCGUUCUUGGUUAUUGCCGUACUUCGUCAAACCGACAGUAAGUUUUUGAUGACGCUUAACGAUGCCGGUUAUGCAGUAUACCAAGUUUGCUUGAGAUCGUAUCUGCUUUCAUGUGCGAUUAAUCCAAUCAUAUAUUCGUUCUGCAAUGCACAAUUCCGAAAGUUCUGUCUCGAUGUGUUUAAAAGUCAAACAAACAGGAAAGUAUAAUGAUCAAACUUCUACGAGUACACUACAUCAAGCAUUAUUUCUAGUUUAUACAAUACCAUCUUGCAGGCUGUACAAAUCGUUCCUUUUAAAAAGGCUUAUAUUAAUUCGAUCAAAUAGCAAUUAUAAAUGCCUAGAAGUAAUGUUCUUAUUGCCAUUGUAUUGUUAUUAAUUUUUCUUGCGAAUAUUAUAUGAAUAUCACGUCUAUAAUGUAGUUGUCUCUUUGUGCGUAAUUUUGCAGAUUGAAACUGUUAUAUAUGUUCAUGCAAAAUUGUAGUUUUGUGUUUGCUUCAUAUGGUUAAUGUUAUUAUAUAACGUUUAUUAUGUUUGAGUUACUAAGUGUUAUUUUAAACAAAUACAAUUUGAUCUCCCCACCCUCUACAAUUUACGUUCUCAUUGAUACGUGCAUAUGAGUGAGUGUUUAUAUACUCAUGCUGCUCUAAGAGUAUUGGUCUGUAUGCUAAUAAUUAUAUUAUUCUUUGGUAUGUUUUGAUUUAUGUUUUAAAAAUUAUCCCGUCUAUGGAAAAUGUUAUUUUUUCCUAAGUUUAAACUAAAUGAAAGUAUACGCAUUAUAUCUGAACAUGCUUUCUUUAUUAUUCGUUUAAAGGGAUAUUUCGUGUGUCUGUUUAAUCCAUUCUUAAUAGUAUACAUGUAUUGUUGUUAUUGAUAGUAUUUUGUUGUAACUUACUUAAACAUUGUAAGGUCAAUGUUCCAAGACCAGACACUAUGAUAAAAGAAGAACUCAUGCUUAUUGUAUCAAUGGGUCCGAUUGUUUUAAUAUAAUAACAUUAUCAGUGCUCAGU